AUGGACUUCCUCACGAAGCGCAACAGCGCUGUAUCUGACAAUCCUCCAAUCGCCAACAACAGAGAAGCUCAAAUCCACAUCACUAGCGCCGGAUCCAGCUUCUAUUAUGCUGUAACGGCAUUCAUGGGCUCCGUUGGACUCGUAAUUUUGUUAGCAUCGCACUCUCGACCUCGUACCGACCGCCUUUUCUUCUACCUGCUCGCGGGAGCGAAUUUCGUCGCGAGCAUUUCCUACUAUGCUAUGGGCUCAGAUCUCGGAUUCACGCCUAUCGGUGUGCAGCCAAGCCCUUCGCUGUACCGCCCAAAUGACCCGAAAGUUCGAGGCGACAAUCGACAAAUUUUCUGGACACGUUAUGUCGACUGGUUCGUUACGACGCCACUCCUCCUGCUGACUAUGCUUCUGACUGCUGGCGUUCCGGCUCCAACGCUGUUAUUCAUUCUUUUCAUGAACGAAGUCAUGAUCGUAUGCGGCCUCGUUGGAGCCGUCACCGAGACAGUGUAUAAGUGGGGAUUCUUCGCCUUCGGGUGCGCCGCCUUCCUCUACGUGUUUGGGGGCCUUUUCGGACGAGGGCGGAAGUAUGCCAAACAUCUGGGCCACGACGUGCACAGAGUCUACCUGAUGAUUGCCAUCUAUCAAUUCAUCAUCUGGAUCUGUUACCCCAUCGGCUGGGGCGUAUCCGAAGGCGGCAAUCUCAUUGCGCCUGACUCCGAAGCUGUCUACUACGGCGUUUGCGACAUGCUCGCCAAGCCUUUCUAUUCGAUGAUUUUCAUGUUUCUUCAUCGGAAAAUUGACCCUGGCCGCCUCGGUCUCAAGUUUCGUGACUAUGAUGAGGACUUCGCAUACAAUCAUCGCCAUCAUGACAGCACCAGUGGCCCUAUUCGGGAGCCCAAGGAAGAGGUGCCCACUGCUGCUGCUGCUGCUGCAACUGAAGCUCCUCGAGCGUCGCAUGCGGAUGAAAGCCACCAUCACACUACCACAAACGCUGCAGCCGCUGAAACCACGACCGUGUGA